AUGUCGGUCUGUUUCUCAGUCAACAUACUACAUAGAGCUGGAAUGACCAACUGGAAUAUCAGCUCAACUCCUGUGGAUACGAAGUCAAAGCUAGCAGCUGCGGCAGGUGAACCGGUCAAGGAUCCUUCUCUCUAUUGGAGCCUCGCCGGUGCUCUCCAAUACCUCACCUUCACUAGCCCCGACAUUGCUUAUGUGGUUCAACAAGUAUGUUUGUUCAUGCACGAUCCACGGGAAUCACACCUCACUGCCUUAAAACACAUUCUCCGUUACGUAAAAGGCACCAUCUCUCAUGGUCUUCAGAUUCACCGCUCCCCCGUCACUGACAUGGUCGCUUAUACCGACGCCGACUGGGCAGGAUGUCCUGACACGCGCCGCUCCACAUCUGGUUACUGCGUUUUUCUCGGUGACAGUCUCAUAUCCUGGUCCGCCAAACGUCAAGCAACAGCUUCCCGUUCUAGCGCUGAGGCCGAGUAUCGUGGUGUUGCCAACGUCGUCGCCGAAGCAACUUGA